AUGUACGAGGAUUGGGUCGAGGAAGAAUUGAAGAUAUAUUCCCGCUACGUGCUGGAAAUCUUCAGUACGGAAACUCGUCUCGCGGUGACCAACGGAGUGAUAAAGGAACUUUCGGACUUUUCCCAAAGCGGCAGUAGCCAUCGUCUUUUGACGGACGUCGAUGUGAAGUGGUGCAUGGAAAUUCUUGGCUACGCCCUCACCCUCCCGUUCAGUGCCGAAUUCGACAACACGAUCAGGAAUGCGGUUAAGAUUUACUGCGAAUGGCUGACUUGCGUGUUUCAAGACGGCAGCCAUCGGCAGUUGCCACCGCCUCUGCGCGAUCAACCUCGUUUCUACGUUCCAGAGAUCCUCGGUCACAUGCAUAGCCUGUUCAUGUCCAGGAAAGAGAACGGGCAAGACGGGGGCAUCUCCCGCGGCGAUCACGUCACUCAGUGUCUGUUCGUGUUGAACUUAAUUUAUUCGAUGUCUGUGAAGACCAAGGUCGAAUAUCAGCCGCAGAUUUUUCCCGAACUACUCAAGUUUCUUUUGAGUAUUAAUGAUCAGCUGUUGUCGCACCCUUUUGGCGUUGACGUUUCUCUUGCUACGCAGAGUCUAAACGUGCUGUUCUUGGUUUGGCUUCAGGCAUGUUUCAGCGGUUGUUUUCCUUGCCCUUCGUUCUGGAAGACCCUUUCUAAGUACUGCCGUCGCUGGCGCCAACGAGCUCCGCUACUGGAGAUAUGGAUCACGUCGUGCAUCAUGCUCACAAACGAAAUGCUCUCCCAGAUGUAUGGCCCCGGCUACAGUAAAUUACGGAUUGGUACGUUGGAUGUCGUGUCGUCCCAACUGUCAUCUGUGCAACGCAUCAAUGAAUCCAAUGAAUCAGCGAUGAUUCUAGCUAAAGAUGACCAGUUGUUUCGCAAGGACCUGCAACCGGACGUCGUCAAACAGACCUGGUAUCGGUUGUUUUGUCUGUUAAAGAACCCGGCGCUGUUUUUCGCACGCUCAGACCAAGACAUGUCAACAAACGACAAGGAAAGCGAGCAUCGUGAAGGCAGCGACUCAGUGGUGAUCGCUGUCUCCUCAUCGUCGUCGCUGCCAUACUGUUAUUUUCGGUAUCUGUUCGGGCUGAACUGCAUCCUCAACGGGUUCCUAGGAAUUGCCGUCGACUGCGAUAUCAAGAGCAAAGAGGAUAUCACGAAGUCAUGGCAAGAGGCCCAACAGCCUUCGCAGAGCUCACAGAGUGCGUCUUCGCACGCUCCCGGUUCUCAGUCCGGCUCGUUUCACCGCAUGACCAUUCUUGGAAGGUUGCCGACCGCCAACAUCAAGUCGAAGGAAAUAAGGGCGUCUGCCUCAUCUUCCAAGACCUCAGUGCCAAACUUAUGCGACUCAGAUGUGAUCAGCAUCAUACUCAAAGGUCUUUUGCUGAAGCCGGAGCUGAACUUGGUUCUGCCGGAAAAUCGGCCUAGCGUCGAUAGUCUCCUUAGGUUGAUCGGAGAUUGGCUCUUUCAAGCGGCGUUUCUCGAUGAACAGCGAAUUAUCGCUCAAGAGGACAACGUGUCCCAAAAGUCGAUUGGAUCUUUCAGUUCCUACGAUUCCGACACUCUGUCAAGGAACGCUAACGUUUCGCAAAUGGAGAAGAAGGAACCGGCAGUGACUGGUUUUCAAGCGGCGAAAGCUGAGGCGUUGUCGGGCCUUUGCAGACUGUUUUGUAGCAAACGCUCUUACGAACAGAUCUCGGAACGAUGCGUGGCUAGGUUUUUGCAGGCGCUGCACUUGGCUUUGAUGCAGAAAGACCAUAUCAUCCUCUCGUCGCUGAUUGUAUCAUCGACCAACUUGUUUCGAAUUAAUCUUCCCUUCUGCGAGGCGUUAGCUCCAAGUGUCUUAAGCUGUAUCGACUGGCUGCUAUUGGAGCGGGAUCAACAGAACCUUGCUUCGAGGAAAGAUAUCUGGAGCGAGAUCCGAGAUCUGGAGAUUGUCUGA